GUUCGCCGCUAGGAUUUCUCACCUGGCAGCAUAUUUUAACUCGACGUCUUUCAUUUUGAUAAACGGGGGUGGAACCCGGAAGUUGCAACCGAGUAAAACGUCCGUGCUUUUCCUCCUUGUUGCAAACUGUGGUUCCUUUCCGCUCUGCAUGUAUUGCUUCUGCAGUAAUGGACCUGAAACACUGGGCGAAGGUCUGCUAACCACGAAGUCGCAACAUUUCUAGGCAGGAAUGAGACUCCCCCACCGCUGAGCUCAAGAUGAGAGAGUGGUGGGUUCACGUGGGCUUGAUCUGCAUCCCGCUGGUGGCCGUCUACCUUCACAUCCCUCCCCCUCAGCUGUCGCCGUCCCUGCAGAAGUGGCACACCGCCGGGGAGCUGUUCCACUUCAGAGGCAGCGAGAUCUUCUACCGGGAUUCCUAUGGUGCUUUGGGAAGCUCUGAUGUCAUCAUUCUGCUGCAUGGCUUCCCUACCUCCAGCUUCGACUGGAACAAGAUCUGGGAGCCGCUCACUCAGCGCUUCCAUCGAGUCAUUGCACUGGACUUCUUGGGUUUUGGUUUCAGUGACAAGCCACGACCCCACAAGUACUCCAUCUUCGAGCAGGCCAGUGUGGUCGAGGCCCUGGUGGCUCACUUGGGUCUGAGCAACCAGCGAGUUAAUCUGGUGUCCCAUGACUAUGGAGACACUGUGGCCCUGGAGUUGCUCUACAGAAGUGACCAAAACCGCACAGGUCACCUGAUCAUCAACAGCCUGUGUCUUUCCAACGGAGGUAUAUUCCCAGAAACAAAUUACCCACGUUUGCUUCAGACGCUUCUGAAGGACUCUAGUAUUCUGGCUGCGGUUCUGAUGCGUCUCACCAACUAUAAGAUCUUCCAAAAAGGGAUUGGAGAUGUGUUCGGUCCGUACACGCAGCCAACAGACACUGAGUUCUGGGACAUGUGGACAAGUUUACGCUACAAUGAUGGCAACUUAGUGUUGGACAGUAUUCUGCAGUACAUCAACCAGAGAUCCGAACACAGAGAGCGAUGGGUGGGCACCGUCACUUCCACCAUCAUCCCACUGCACAUGAUCUACGGACCUCGGGACCCGGUCAACCCUCAUCCUCAGUUCAUCCGUCUUUACAAGCAGCUGGUUCAGAGGUCGACGAUCACCAUUUUGGAUGAACACAUCAGUCACUAUCCUCAGCUGGAAGAUCCCACCGGCUUCCUCAACGGAUAUUUAAAUUUCAUUCACUCUUUCUGAGAGGUUACCAAAUCGGGAUGUUCGGGAAUUAAUUCACUCUUAACUUCGCGGCACUUAUUCAGUGAUAAAAGGUCACAUGUGACGCAGAGACCUUUGCUGAUGAUGCUGCAGCUUAUGCAUCAGUUUGAGAUGUAAUCAAGAGCGAUGAGCUCAUUCACCAGCCUCUAUUCCGAAAUUGUCACGUCACGGAAGGCAUCUAAUGGGAGGUAGAAACGCGAUUGUACGUAAUGCGAGUUAAUAAUUAAUCUGAUGGCGACUGUUAAUUACGAGAUCAUCUUUCAGUAUUAUGCUGAAAGUUAUUUUGGCGUGUGCGAUUAUUGAACAUAUAACGCUUUGGUUCCCUCCAUUUGUCUUGCACAGCUGCAUUCUGAGGGAAUUCUUUUCUACAUUUCUCCUGAUGUCAUUGAAAAGCCUAAAUAUCAACCUUUCUUUCAAUAAAGCUAGUUUUUGAAAAAAAAUAA